AUGCAAGUCGAAAGAUUCGUAUGCGAAUGCAGUGCCUUGCUCAUCUUCAACUUAAUAGCUGGACUGCUUAUCUUUUUUCUUUUACUAUCCUUCGCCGGCAUUGGCUUUUCCAUAGUCUUUCUGUGUAUCUUCAUUCUUUUUGGAUUGUUUGUCAUCAGCGUCCGCCUAUCGGAGUCAUCCAGGACCCUCACCUUGUCUGAGCUGAGGGAGGAGGAGGCAGACGGGGGCUACACGAACCUGCGUAUGGUGAUCCUCAUGCCUGCGGAAGUCAGUACCGUGAUGCCAGAGUGGAGCGCCGAAGGUUCCGGAUCCGCGGUGGUCGGCAUGCCGCUUUGGGUGGACCCCUCCCCCGGCAAUAACUCCCAGGUAAAGAUUUAUGUUAGCGAGGAUGGUGCUAGCGUCUAUGAGGACGCGGAUCUCGUGUAUGGUAGCUCGAUCUACCUUUCCGCCCCACCCAAUCCCGAGGGAGACGCUUCCACACAUGCAGGGCAUGGCUUGGAAGGGCAACCUCGUAUGGCUAGAAGCCCUAGCAUUGAGGCUGAGACGCAUCCUAUCGGAAAUGCACAGGACGCACCCCUCACCCCUCGGAUCGUGGGGACGCGACAGAAUACGGGCAAAAGGCGGGUUGAAGUUAAAGUAUUUCCUACCUCGGGUUGACGAAAAGGGUGAAUAAUAUUAACGUUGCUGAAAAGGAAGAAUGGUCCGCGCCAGCGUUGGCCUAAAUGAUGGAAGGGGAAAUCUUAAAGAAUAAAGUGAGGAAAAAAAUACGAGUCGUGUUAAGUGAGUUCAUUAUCUCACUUAACCAUGAACGUGAAUUUUCUCUACUAUUUCCCAUAGCUUAUAUAUAUCAUGCUUCUUACUUGGGGGCAAAUUUUAAUUGCUGACUGACUGAAUAAGGGGGAUAUGUAAUACUUCUCUAGUUUUUUACUAGCUGUGUCUUAUUUCUUUAUUAGCUUCUACACUCUUUAUUACAGUAUAUCCUGAUAUUAUUAGUGCUGAUCUAUUAUUUAGAUUUAAUUAUGAUAUGUCUUCUCCGACAACGCAGUUGAAGUAUAAGCUAUCAAUAUCUGCAUUGCAUAACUAUAUACACUAUUAUACUCAUUGCUAUAAAAUCAAGGAUAACCUACCGGUUCAAUUUCAUUCCAAGGAAUAAAUACUGGAGUCUUAGCGUCAUGAUGUGUUUUAUUUUUUCCUCUUUAAUGCGCUAGCAAGAUCGGAAGUGUUGCCACCUACCUCGAUCAA